AUGGUUCCCCGUUCACUCCCGUCCCGAUCUUUCUACAUCCUCCAUCCACCUACCUACCCACUCCCAUUUCAUCUCAUCUCAUCUCACAUGAUGGCUUCCACCACCGCCGAAAACAACCCUGAAACCCUCGCUCACGUCGAGAAGUUCUGGCAGAGCCGCAAACCCCAUUCUCCGAUAUACGAGUUUCUUUUGUCGGACAUUGAAUUGACUCACGCUUCCAAAGGCCUUGUUCGUGCCCGUCUCCCGCUGACCAAGAACCACGUCAAUGCUCACGGCGGUAUUCACGGCUCUGUAUCCGCCACUCUUAUAGACUGGGUUGGUGGAAUGGCUAUUGCUGCAUGGGACAACAGGACUAAGACCGGCGUGAGCACCGAUAUCCACAUCUCCUACCAGAGCUCUGCGAAAGAUGGCGACACCAUUGAGAUUGAAGGCAUCGCUGGCAAAGUUGGGGGCACUCUGGCCUUCACUACCGCCACCAUAUACAAGCUCGUCGAGGGCAAGCCUGGUCCCAUCGUUGCCACAGGCUCGCACACCAAAUUCGUUAAGAUCUGA